AUGGACAUUCUCCUUCCCACAAAAACUAUAAAGAAACGGCUCGAUGACCCACCAUGGAUGACUAAACAUUUGAAAUCCUUAAUUGAGCAACGUCAAAAAGCAUUAGCGAAAGGACAUGACCAGUUAUUUAAAAGUCUUCGUAACCGCGUCAAUAGGGAACGAAAACAAUGCCGGAGUAAAUACUAUGACUCAAAAGUCAGUCAACUUGAAGCCUCUGAUCCCAAACAGUGGUGGAAAUCUGUUAAGUACCUGUGUGGAAUGGAUCCAGUCAACCACAAGUAUGAUCUCCGACAUCUUCAAAGCCUGUCACCCACUGGUGAUGAAACCAAUGAAACCAACGAAGGCAACGCAUCUCUUUCACACUUGGCGAAUACGAUAAAUCAAACCUUCCUAGAACCAAUGAACGUGUUCCAACCUCUAAAUUCUGACCACUCCCAAGCCUUAAACGUGUCCGGCACCAGUAACCAAUUACCAUCUACAAUUACCACCACAGAAUC